CGCGCCUGGGCCCCUACAGCCUGGACAGGACCAGCCUCUACAUCAAUGAUUACAAUGAACCACAUGAUCUGUCAUUGGAAAAGCCACUCAACACACAAAGCCUGGGACAAAUAAUACAGCAAUUCACAGUGAACUUCACCAUAACCAACCUCAGGUUCACUACAGACCUAGGGAGAUCACAUUCUGCUAUAUUCAAUUCUACCAAGAAAAUAAUGCAACAUUAUAUUGACCCUCUGCUUCGGAAAAGCAGCAUUGGCCCUGACUUCAUUGGCUGCAAAGCAAUACUAUUCAGGUCAGUGACGAAUAGAGAUAGCACAGCAGUAGACAGCAUCUGCAGCUACAGAAAUGGCUCCCAAGUGCCCAAUUUUGACAAAGCUGCAGUUUAUCAAGAACUAAGGAGCAUGACAAACAACAUCACCAAAUUAGGAAUCUAUAAACUGGAUAAGGAGAGCCUCUAUGUCAACGGUUAUAACGAACCACUCCAGAGAUCACAUCUGAGAGUAACUACUGCUCCAAGCCCAACAACCAGCCAUUUCACACUUAAUUUCACCUUGACCAACUUCCAAUAUACUGCAGAUCUGGAUGCACCAAAUUCCCGCAGAUUCAUUUCCACAGAGAAAGUUAUCAAACAUUAUAUUGACCCUCUGUUCAAAAGAAGCAGCAUAAGCUCUGUCUACACUGGAUGUAAAGUGAUGAGAUUUAGGUCUGGGAGACGCAGGGGUGACACAGGUGUGGAUGCUGUCUGCAGCUACAAAAACAACGUCAGCAUGGCCAGGUUUGACAGAGAAACAGUUUAUCACGAGCUGAGCACCAUGACAAAUGGCAUCACCAAACUAGGGCACUACAGCCUAGAGAAGAACAGUCUGCACGUUAAUGGUUUCCACCUCACAGACACAGCUACCACCAGAAAGCCUGUCUUGAAUAAAGCUCCAGCCAUAACAGGAUACAAACUGAGCUUUAGAAUAGUCAGUGAAAACUUAACUAACCCAGACUCUCAGUCUCCAGAAUACAAAGCAGCACUGGAAAGCAUCAGCAAAAAGCUGAACCAAUUGUACCAUCAGAGCAACCUGCAAGACCAGUUCCUAAACUGCAGUAUCACAAGACUAAGGGCUGGAUCCAUAGUGGUUGACUGCAAUUGCUUCUUCCAGCAAGAGCCCAGCAUCAACAGGGCUGUGGUUGAAAGGGCUUUUCAGAAUGGGACUUCAAAUACAACUGGACUAUGGUUGGGAAGCAGCUAUCAGUUGCAAGAAUUCUCAGUAGAUGGCUUGGAACUAGCAAUUCAAGCAGCAACUGACAAAACACCUCUCAAGUCUGAGAAAGAAAGCUUCAGAUUAAAAUUCAGAAUCACCAACCUCCCAUACUCCCCAGAACUGCAGGACUCCAGGUCACAGAUGUACCAAGAGAACAAAGAGAAAAUUGAGAAAGAGCUCAAUGUAUUCAGAAAUAGUAGCAUGAAGAACUACUUUGCUGGCUGUACCGUGGAGAGUUUUGGGCCAGUCCAUGGGAAACCUUACACAAGCAUCACCUCUGUCUGCAAAUUCACACAUGAUCCCUUCUUAAGGACUUUACAAAAGCAAGAGGUGUAUGAAGAGCUGCAACGCUUGACAGAUGGGUUCACCAAGCUGGGCCCCACCUAUGAGCUGGAUGAGCAGAGUUUAGUGGUUGAAGAUUACUCUUCGCUCUCAACAGCAGAACAAGACUCCAAAAGAUCUGAGCUUCAGUUCUGGGCAAUAAUCCUCAUCUGCGUUUUUGCCCUGCUUGGGUUCAUUCUCCUCCUGUUGUUAUGCUUCCUGAUUGUCUUUUGCCUAAGAAGAAAGUCAGAUCUGUACCAGGUUCAGCAGGGCAUGUACGGUGUGUUCUUCCCACAUCUGGGCACAAAAAUCCAUUGACAGAACAGAUGAAGUA